AUGGCAUUAAACCACAGUGUCCCUCCUCAAGAUGAUUACAUUCCGCACUACCUUCGGGAUGGAGACCCUUUUGCAUCCAAACUCUCCUGGGAAGCUGACUUAGUAGCUGGUUUCUACCUAACCAUAAUUGGUGUGUUGUCCACCUUGGGAAAUGGCUAUGUGAUUUAUAUGUCUUCGAAACGGAAGAAGAAGCUGAGACCUGCUGAAAUAAUGACGGUUAAUUUAGCGGUCUGUGACCUGGGGAUUUCAGUUGUAGGCAAGCCUUUCACAAUCAUUUCUUGCUUCUCCCAUCGCUGGGUGUUUGGCUGGGUUGGCUGCCGCUGGUAUGGAUGGGCCGGUUUUUUCUUUGGCUGUGGAAGCCUUAUCACUAUGACUGCCGUCAGCCUAGACAGAUAUUUGAAAAUCUGCCACCUGUCUUACGGGACUUGGCUGAAGAGACAUCAUGCCUACAUCUGCCUGGUAAUCAUCUGGGCCUAUGCUACCUUCUGGGCAACCAUGCCCUUGGCAGGUCUGGGGAACUACGCCCCUGAGCCCUUUGGAACAUCCUGCACCCUUGACUGGUGGCUGGCUCAAGCCUCUGUGACCGGACAGACGUUCAUCCUGAACAUCUUCUUCUUCUGUCUCUUGCUCCCAACUGCUGUGAUUGUCUUCUCCUACGUGAAGAUAAUUGCUAAGGUCAAGUCAUCCACCAAAGAAGUGGCCCAUUUUGACAGCCGGAUCCAGAGUAGUCAUGUGCUGGAAAUGAAACUGACCAAGGUGGCAAUGUUGAUCUGUGCAGGGUUCCUUAUUGCCUGGAUCCCCUAUGCCGUGGUGUCAAUGUGGUCAGCUUUUGGACAGCCUGAUUCCAUCCCAGUUCAGUUUUCAGUGGUGCCAACCUUGCUUGCAAAGUCAGCAGCUAUGUACAACCCAAUUAUUUACCAGGUCAUUGACUGCAAAUUUGCCUGUUGCCAAUCUGGUGCGCAGAAAGCAGCCAAGAAGGCAUCUUUGAGGGAUUACAGGAGGCAUACUGUGUCUACCAUCAGGAAAUCAUCAUCGGUGUCUGAAACCCAUCAAGAGGUAUGA